GGUAAAUGUAACUUGGACGUGCUUUGGUGAGUGUGACAGCUGUGAUAGGAAAGAGGGCGUGGUCUCGCUGCGCGGCUCCUUUUAAAGCAGCGUGAUUUACUUUCUUUUCAACAUACAUCCUGCGCUGGUCAACGAGAGACCAUCUGAGACCUUAAGGCGAAAACCUGCUAACUUUCCUUUGGCUAAAUUGUUCAGGAGGGUGGUUGAAAACGGUGUCUUCACAUCCAGCUCGAUUUUAUAGCCUAAGUGGUGUUUUCAGAACCUUAAUGCAACCUAAACCACAGUAAUAAGUUGUUCACUUCAUCGAAACAUCUGCAGAAAUCAUGACGGCGGAGCAUCAUGGUCUUCUGGAGCUGGCAAAAAAUCAGCUGAAUAUGGACUACGGUGACUUUGACAUGAGGUUUGACGUGAAGAAGGAGACUGCUGCUUUGGGACCAGAGCGCUCUUUUAUCCAGCAGUGCGGUCUGCACGUGCCAGGCUCAGUGUCCAGCACACCCGUGAGCACCCCGUGCAGCUCCGUGCCUUCAUCACCGAGCUUCAGCCCGAGUGGACAGAGAAGCAGUGCUGACGAUCUCUACUGGACCCUGAGCACGGGGACUUAUCCACAACACGCAGAUCCACACUGUCUUGAGCUAACACCCGAGGAUGUCCGGGAAGCCUUAAGUGCGAAUCUCAUGCAUGCACACCCGCCCCAGCUCCACCAGGCAGAGAUGGAGGGAUACAGGAGCAUGGGUCAGUUCCACGCGCCGAGUGUGCAUCAGUAUCAUCAGCAGCAGCAGUACACCGAGCUCGGCCACAAUCCCGGCUUUGCGCACGGCAAAAGCAUGGAUCAGUUAAUGCAGCAUAUCGACUGCUCAUCUCAAGGCGCGACGCACCUAAAGUCCCACCAUCAGACGCACCACAGGCGCAGCGAGCGCGCGGAGAGCCGCUUCUCCGACCAGCAGUUGGUGUCCAUGUCUGUGCGCGAGCUCAACCGACACCUCCGCGGCAUGAGCAAGGACGAUAUUAUCCGCCUGAAGCAGAAACGCCGUACCUUGAAGAACCGCGGGUACGCGCAGUCGUGCCGGCACAAACGCGUUCAGCAGAAACACACACUGGAGCACGAGAAGACGAACCUCGCGACGCAAGUGGAGCAGCUGAAGCACGAGCUCAGUCGGCUGGUGCGCGAGAGGGACGCAUAUAAACUCAAAUGCGAGAGGCUAGUUGUCGGAAUGAACUGCCAGAGUAACGGACCCUCUUGUGAAAAUCCAUCAUCGCCCGAGUUUUUGCGAUAGUUCAAAAUGUAUUCAGGAUUUCUAAAGUUUCUGCUAUAAAUAUCUGAAACCAGAAUAAGAUUGUUUGCUGGUCUGAUGCCCCAAACCCCUCUAAAACCAGCUACAAGACCAGCAAACCAUCUUAUGGUUGUUUGUUUGUUUGUGUGUUUGUUUGUUUUUCGUCAGCGGAGGAGAAAGUUUUCCUUCUCUUAUUCAGUAUUUUAUAUUUUCACUCGACCUUAUCUCUGACAUGUCAAGCUGGUUUUGAUAAUGUAUCUUUUAUCUUUGAGUUUUCACAACAGCCAUCUCAGCUAUGCAAAUGACAUUUGACCCUUUUGGCAAUAGAUGCAUUGCAUUGGUAUUUUUGUUUGUUUGAACAUUUUCUAUGUCUUUCAUUUGUUUCAUUAAUCAGUUGUACCAUUUUCAAGAAUUGUUCCUUGAAACUUUUGAAGAGUAAAUGAUUGUGAUUUGCUUUGUUACCUCCAGAAUAAAUUUUUGAAGCAAAAAAAGUAUUCGAGU